UUUAUAUCAACUCACUUCCCUGAAAGCUGCUGCUCAGAUGAGAAAAUGGCUCAGAAAGGAGCUCAUCUUUCUUCAGAGAAUAUUUCUUGUUCCAUCUGUCUGGAUCCACUGAAGGAUCCGGUGACUCUUUCCUGUGGACACAGCUACUGUAUGGUCUGUAUUAAAGCCCACUGGGAUGGAGAGGACCAGAGGAGAAUCUACAGCUGCCCUCAGUGCAGGAAGACUUUCACACCGAGGCCUAACCUGGAGAAAAACGUCCUGUUGGCAGAGUUAGUGGAGCAGCUGAAGAACACUGGACUCCAAGCUGCUGCUGCUGAUCACUGCUAUGCUGGAGAUGAAGAUGUGUCCUGUGAUUUCUGCACCGGGAGGAAGAUGAAGGCUGUCAAGUCCUGUUUAUUCUGUCUGGCCUCCUACUGUAAAAAUCACCUUCAGCCUCACUAUGAAUCUCCAGCAUUCAAGAAGCACCAGCUGGUGGAACCCUCCAAGAACCUCCAGGAGAACAUCUGUUCUCGUCAUGACAGGGUGAUGGAGAUUUUUUGUCGCACUGAUCAGCAGUUGAUCUGUUAUCUCUGCUCUGUGGACGAACAUAAAGGCCACGACAUGGUUUCAGCUGCAGCAGAAAGGACCAAGAAGAAGCUCCAGACGAGUCGACUAAACAUCCAGCAGAGAAUCCAGAGCAGAGAAGAAGACGUGAAGCUGCUCCAACAGCAGGUGAAGAACAUCAACAUCUCUGCUGAUAAAACAGUGGAGGACAGUGAGAAGAUGUUCACCCAGAUGAUCCAACUCAUCCAGAAAAGAAGCCAAGAUGUGGAGCAGCAGAUCAGAUCCCUGCAAGACACUGAAGUGAGUCGAGUCAAAGAUCUUCAGGAGACACUGGAGCAGGAGAUCAGUGAUCUGAAGAGGAAAGACGCUGAGCUGAAGCGGAUCUCAGAUACACGAGAUCACAACCAGUUUCUCCUCAACUACUCCUCAGAGUCAGCAGUCGGUGAGUCCACACACUCAUCCAGCAUCAACACCAGCGUUCAAGAAGACUUUAAGGACAUGACAGCAGCUGUGAAACAGCUCAAAGAUAAACUACAGGAUGUUCUGAGGGACUCAUGGACAAACAUCUCAUUGAUAGUCCCUCAACCAGAUGUUUUACAGCCACAACCAGAACCAGAACCAGAACCAAAGACCAGAGCUGAACUCUUAAAAUAUUCACAGCAAAUCACUCUGGAUCCAAACACAGCACACACAUGUCUGUUAUUGUCUAAAGGAAACAGAAAAGUAACAGUAAUGGAUCAACAUCAGUCUUAUCCUGCUCAUCCCGACAGAUUCACCGACUGCUUUCAGGUCCUCAGCAGAGAGAGUCUGACUGGACGUUGUUACUGGGAGGUGGACUGGAGAGGAGGAUUUAUAGUAGCAGUUUCAUACAAGAAUAUCAGCAGAACUGGGAGCUUGAAUGACUGUGACUUUGGAUACAAUGACAAAUCUUGGUCUGUCCAAUGUGACACCAACAGUUACUCAUUUUGCUACAACAACAGCAGAACUUUCCUCUCAGGUCCUCCUUCCUCCAGAGUUGGAGUUUAUCUGGAUCACAGUGCAGGUAUUCUGUCCUUCUACAGCAUCUCUGAAACCAUGACUCUCCUCCACAGAGUCCAGACCACAUUCACUCAGCCGCUACAUGCUGGAGUUCGACUUUAUAUUCGUGGCUCCACUGCAAAGUUCAUCGAUCAUUAUAAACCGUAAAACACAAACAGUCUCAACAGUCGUCAAGUGUAAUUAUGCGAACCAUUUACUGUUAUUUUCCAGACUUCUGCUGAUUUAAUAUUUAAAGAUAUUCUAGUCAAUUCACAAUAAAACCAAAUCUGUAAAUAUCAUCAAUAUCAAAAAUCUUUAAUGUUUAUUACAAAAAAGGAAAAUAUGAAUAGAUAAAUACGGCAAGAGUUGUAUUUAGCAUGGAGUUUACUUUAUCUCUGUGUUUCCAAGAAAAAUCUGUAUUUGCAGGACCGUUUAAUUAGUUUCACUGUAUUUCAUUCAGUUAAAAACAUCAUUAUUUUACAGAUAUUUGCCAUGAUUUGACAGAAAAAGUAUGUAUAUUCAGGAUCAUAUUAUGUGACGUUGUCUUUUUAUUGCUCAGUAUACGUUUAUUGCUUGUUAGUCAAUUUUAUUAUUUGAUAUCUUUGUCAAAUGUCAUUGCCAUCUCGUUUGUUGUCUGUAUUACACUGUAGAGUCUGAACCAUUUCAUAUAAGUGUCUCAAGUCAAUUUAUACAAAAAGUAAUACUGCAGUUGAUUAUUACUUGUUGGGUAAAUCCACAUUCUGGCUGUUUCUUUCAAUGUGCUUUACAAAUACCAGUGAUUUAACCUGACUGUUAAUGUUUUAUUGCUCAUGCAUUGUCUGUAUCAACAUUGUUUUAAAAUAAAUACACAUAAAUCAAGCUAAGUGCUGAGCAUCAGUGUCUACAUGUUGGACACUGGUACUCAACAUACACGA